AUGCCAUUCGGAUUGGUCUCGGCAUGGAACAAGCGCAGAAGAAGCAAGUCCCAAGAUCACACCGACCCUUGUAAGUUUUUCUUCACCUUUUUCGGAGGAAUCUUUUCAUUGUUUGAACAUCUACCUAUAUACCUUCCAGGGAUUUACAGACCAGCAGAGUAUUGGCAGCUCGAAAAUACAGCACCCCAACCUCCGAAAAGACGCCAUGGAUCAUCAGUUUUUACUCUCAGGGAAAUGGAAGAGGCAACGUGCUCUUUCAGUGAUGAAAAUUUUCUGGGUAAAGGAGGAUUCGGCCGAGUUUACAGGGGCACUUUGCGGUCGGGUGAGGUUGUUGCAAUAAAGAAAAUGGAGUUGCCGCCAUUUAAAGUAGCUGAAGGAGAACUCGAGUUCCGGGUUGAAGUUGAUAUCUUAAGCAGACUUGACCAUCCAAAUCUGGUUUCCCUGAUAGGCUACUGUGCCGAUGGAAAACACCGCUUUCUGGUGUAUGAGUACAUGCAAAAAGGAAACCUGCAAGAUCACUUAAAUGGAAUUGGGGAAGCAAAAAUGGACUGGCCUUCAAGGCUCAAAGUGGCACUUGGAGCAGCGAGGGGACUUGCUUAUCUUCAUUCAAGCUCUGCUGUUGGGAUUCCAAUUGUUCACAGAGAUUUCAAAUCCACCAAUAUACUUCUAAGUGCCAACUUUGAAGCAAAGAUAUCAGACUUCGGCCUGGCUAAGUUAAUGCCAGAAGGUCAGGAGACUUACGUGACUGCUAGAGUUCUGGGCACCUUUGGCUACUUUGAUCCUGAGUAUACAUCGACAGGGAAACUCACUUUACAAAGUGAUGUUUAUGCAUUUGGAGUGGUUCUUUUAGAACUUUUGACAGGACGCAGAGCAGUCGACAUAAACCAGGGGCCAAGUGAUCAAAACCUUGUAUUACAGGUGAAGCACAUAUUGAACGAUCGGAAGAAGUUGCGCAAGGUAAUAGAUCCAGAGCUCAAUCUAAGUUCAUACACCGUGGAAUCUAUAGCCAUGUUUGCAAACCUGGCAUCACGCUGCGUUCGUACUGAGAGCAGUGAGAGACCCGCAAUGACAGAGUGUGUAAAAGAACUCCAGAUGAUUAUAUAUAUAAAUUCAAAAGGCUUGGGAAUGCCUAUGCAUGCAUUCAGAAUGGUCUGAUAAACCAAAAUGUUUUCUCAGCAGCUUGUAAUUAUAUAGAAUAAACAUCCUCUGUUUUCAUUCAUUGGAUUCUAAAAA